UAGAAACCUAACAAAUACCCCUAAAGUACUCUUCCCUCCAAAUUCCAAUUUUUGCCGACUGCAAAAGGGAAGAAAACACAGUCACCUGGAAAGCUUCAAAGGUUGAAUUAAUGGGGAAAGACGACGAGGAGAUGAAGAGGGAGAUAGAGGAGAGGUUAAUGAAUGAGGAGUACAAGAUAUGGAAGAAGAACACCCCCUUUUUAUAUGAUAUGGUCAUCACCCACGCCCUAGAGUGGCCUUCUCUCACCGUUGAAUGGCUCCCCCAUAGGGAGGAGCCACCCGGCGAAGAUUAUUCCGUUCAAAAAAUGAUUCUUGGGACACACACCUCCGAAGAUGAGCCCAAUUAUCUUAUGCUCGCUCAGAUUCAGCUCCCACUAGAGGAUGCCGAAAUUGAUGAUCAUCAUUGCGAUGAUCGGCAGGAUGUAGGCGCAUUUAUGCCUUCCAAUGGGACGGUAAAAGUAAUUCAGCAAAUAAAUCAUGAUGGAGAAGUUAACCGAGCCCGCUACAUGCCUCAAAACCCAUUUAUCAUUUCCACCAAGACAGUCAGUGCUGAAGUAUAUAUUUUUGAUUAUCGCAAACAUCCAGUGGAACCACCCGUUGAUGGUGUAUGCAACCCUGAUGUGAGGCUAAAAGGUCACAACAGUGAAGGAUACGGUCUGUCUUGGAGUCAUUUCAAGCAAGGUCAUUUAUUAAGUGGCUCAGAUGAUGCCCAAAUUUGUUUGUGGGAUAUUAGUGUCACUCCCAAGAAUAAGACCCUUGAUGCCAUGCAGAUUUUUAAGAAAAAAAGGAAGAAAAGAGUUAUGUUUGAGUAAGGUUCAUGAAGGGGUUGUAGAAGACGUAGCUUGGCAUUGGAGGCAUGAAUAUUUAUUUGGUUCAGUUGGAGAUGAUCAGUAUCUACAUAUAUGGGAUUUGCGCACACCUUCAGUAACCAAGCCCAUUCAUUCUGUAAUUGCCCAUAAUGGAAAUGUUAACUGCUUAACAUUCAAUCCUUUUAAUGAAUGGGUAGUAGCAACUGGAUCAACUGAUAAGACAGUCAAAUUAUUUGACUUACGCAAGAUCUCAUCUCCUCUCCAUACUCUUGGAUGCCAUACGGAGGAUGUUAUUCAGGUAGGGUGGAAUCCUAAGAAUGAGACCGUCUUAGCUUCUUGUUGUCUUGAUAGAAGAGUUAUGGUUUGGGAUCUUAGCAGGAUUGGUGAGCAACAAACGAAAGAAGAAGCAGAAGAUGGGCCACCCGAGUUGCUUUUUGUUCAUGGAGGCCAUACAAGUAAAAUUUCUGACUUCUCAUGGAAUCCGUGUGAAGAUUGGGUCAUUGCCAGUGUAGCUGAGGAUAAUAUUCUACAAAUCUGGAAAAUGGCUGACCAUAUAUACCAUGAAGCCGAUGAUCUACCAGGAGAUGCUGCCAUCUAGUAUCCUACAUUUAUAUUAAGAAAAUGUGCUGGCAGUGGAAGAAUCAACAUGGAUGGUUCAAUGUAGGGUUGUAGGUGGUGGAUAGGAUAGUUGUGCAUACACCAGAGUUAGCUUGGCUGCCAAUGAUAGGGAUUAGGGAGAAACAUAGUUUGUUGUAACAUUGGUGUUGAUAAAUUGAACCAGCAGUUUGAGAUCAAUGAACUACAAAUUUAAAGUGACUGAAGACUUGAAUAAACUAUUUGUAAUAAGUCCUUCACAUGUUGUGUCUUGUAUUUUAUUUUCUUGGACACGUUUGUCCAGCAUUUACAAUUUAUGACAGUCUUAAAACA